GUCAGACAAACCGAAACCACCGCAUAUUCCACUCAUACAGGCUGUCAAAGGCGCAUGAGCCGCUCAAAUAAAACUUUUCAUUCCGAUACCGCCAGAGAAACUCUCGCUUUGCCAGUCAGUAAGUCAGUAUUUUAGUUGACUUGGGCGAGCGCACGUUUCUGUGUGGUACCCAGGCAUAACCGCAGUUGCGAGAUCUAAUUCAGUGACACAGUGACAGUGACAGUUCUUCCCGGGAAAUCGUUUCCGCAUACUGGGAUUUAACAUCGACAAAACUGUGUUUUCUAAAGAAAUUAUAAUAAUGAUAAAAAGUGAAAAGUGCGGGUAAUUUAAUUCGUAAAAUAAAUUUGGGUGAAAGUGGACCCACACAAGUGAAAGUUUUGGACCAUGGAUUCACCUCAAAUGUACGACAAUCAGCAGCACCAACAAAAUAACAAUAACGUUAUCAAUCAGGAUGCUAAAAAAACCGUUAUAAUGAACAAUAAUAAUAACAACAAUUUAACAACCCUUAAUAACAAUAAUGGUAGCUCGAAACAGACGCAAGCGCUGCUGAAGCAACACCAGUUGCAGCAAUAUCAGCAGCAUAGUGAAUUAAGUGAUUUGAACACUCCGGAAAUAUCUUUAGAUUUACAAAAUUUAAUAGACGAUUCCCAGUUUAGUGAUGGGUUAUUUACCGAAAUUCUAUCCAGCCAAGGGAAGCACAUUCAAAAUUUACAAUCGCGGCAGGUGAUGAACAUUCAAAAUAACAAUUACCCCAGAACCACCCUUGCCUACAUGCCCCAACCCGUUCACAGCGGUGCUACGUAUUCAACAAAUCAAAAUUCCAAUAGCGAUUCAAACAGUUCUAUCAACAGUGACGUCCCUAGUAUAAAAGAAGAACCUAUGGACCCUCAGGAUUUCAGAAGACAAACCUGCAAUUUAUUACCAAAUAGUUAUAUCCCUGGAACCUACCCUCAAAACCCCGGUGCUACCUUCACAACCCUUACCCCUAGCCCAGUGAUGCAUCACCAGCUAAACAUGAACGCUAUGAAAAACAAAGCUAACCUCUUAAACCAACACAACAUAGCGAGAAAAAAUAUGAAACCGUGCGAUAAAAACAGCGAUGAAUAUCGACGAAGAAGGGAAAGGAACAACAUAGCUGUAAGGAAAAGUCGAGAAAAGGCGAAAGUACGCACUAGGGAAACUGAAGAGAAGGUUAAAAUUCUUAUUAAGGAGAACGAGAGGCUGCAAAAGAGGAUAGAAUUACUCACCGAAGAGUUGAACGUGUUGAGGAGUUUAUUUUCUAAUGUUGGUGUGCUGCCAGAACAUGUUCAUCGAGAGAUCAACAAACAUUUGGAUUCCUUUCAGCUGCAGCAUCAACAGCAGCAACACAUGUCUGAAGAUAACAGGCAGAGGAUGAUGGAUAUAGUGCACGAUUAUGGACCAUAAUCGACGAUAAAGUAAAGGUUUAAUCCAUUUAAAAAUAUACGAAUACGAAAUUAUUUAAAUUUUUUAUUUGUUUAUACAAAAUUAUUUAUUUUGUAAGAAAGGAUCCUUUAAAGUUUGAUGAAACAACAAACUAUUUUUAUGCGUUAAAAUCAUUUUAGUUUCUCUAAAUCGCAUUUGACUCUGUUUAAAUCAUUUUUAUACAGGGUAUAAUAAAAUUAUUUAUUUUAUAAGAUAAAUAAUAUUUAAAUUUUGAUGAAACAACAAAUUUUAUUUUCCGUUGAAAUCAUUUAAGUAUCGCGUUUGACUGUUUACUAUUAUUAACUUACAGGGUGAUUCAAAAAAUAUGUUCAUCGCUCGUGGGAUGAUUUGAUUCUGUUUAAAUCAUAUUGUCUACAGGGUAUAACAAAAUUAUUUAUUUUGUAAUUUAAAUUUUGAUGGAACAACAAUUUUUUUUCCGUUAAAUUCAUUUCAGUAAUCGCGUUUGACUGUUUACUAUUAUUAGCUUAUAGGGUGAAUCAAAAAAUAUGUGCCAUCGCUUGUGGGAUGAUUCUUUACCCAAAAAUAAAACAAAUUAUAUCAAUAUGGG